AUGGCAGGGAGACGCUUCAGCCUGUUCAGGCUGCUGAGGAGGAAGAACAGGAGUGGCCCUGGGGUGGCCCCAGCACAGCAAGCUGAGGAACCUCUGCAGCAGGAUCCAGGCCAGGACUGGACGGAGGAGCAGGACCGCCCCCGUGGCCGCUUCCGCAGAGCAGUUCAGAGGUUGCUGAAAAUCAUGCGCAUUCGGCGUAGAACACCCAGAACCACACCACCUGAGCUCGUGUCAGAGCCUGACACCAGGCCAGCUGAGCUCAAGGAGAAGCCUGAUGGCAGCACUGCGCCGAUUGAUCUCACGGAAACCUCUGACACCGCUGUGAGCGAGGACACGGCCAACCCUGACACCGCACUGGCCGACCCCAUUGCGAAGGAUGACACAGAACCCAGUCAUUGCACAGCAAAGCCCGACAUCGCUUUGGCUGAAGACACAACCGGCUCUGACACCGCAGCCACUGAUGUCAUGACCAAGGCUGACAUGGCGCCGAUGGCCAUUGAUGGCACAUCACACUCUGACGCGGCACCGAUGGACGGCACAGCAAAGCCUGACACCGCUUUGGCUGGUGACACAACCGGCUCCAACACUGAUCUCGUGGCACAGGCUGACAUCACACCGAUGGAUGACGCAGCAAACCCUGAGACUGCCGUGACCGAUGACACAACCAACACUGAAACCACAACAAGUGACCUCAUGGCAGAGGGUGACGCCACGAGUGAGGGCAUCGGAAACGCUGCCACCACGCCAGUUGAGAGUGUGACUGAUGCUCCCAGUGUGCACUUUUUGGAGGGGAAAGGUGUCUCCAGUUGGAAGCCAGUGCCGGUCAUCGUUUGGUACAUCCACCAUGACCUCACCUCCCACGUGUCUCCGCACACUGACAUCUGCAGGCUCGCUGAGGCACACCCAUGCGAUGUGGUGAUGACUCUCCUGCGCUGUGCCCCAGAGUGUGACAGAGCUGCUGCAAUGAUGUGGAGAAGCAUCGGCUCCUCGGGAACAGCAGUGGAGAAGGUGCUGCCAACACUGCUCCGAGUGAUGGAGGACUGGCCAGUGCACGGAAUGUCCACCUCGGAUGGCGACAACAGAGACGUGUUUGCCCUGGCUGCAACCCUGGCACUGUGGCUGAUCAUCCAGGAGACCACAUGCCAGGAUGCAGUCAUGAAUUACGUCCCCCGCCUGCUCGUGGCUCUGAUGUUCCAAGUGUCCAUGAGCACAGAGCAGGUGCCAGAAGAGGUGAACACCUUCUGGAGGGGAUGCCUGGAGCAACACCGCCUUCCCACCCAGCCCAACAGGUUUUUGAUAGAGACCAUCAAGGCCCUGCUCUGCCACCUGCCGUGGGAGGAUAUUUGGAUGGCAAGGAAGCGCAGGCUUGCCUGGGACCCACUCCUAAAUUCUGACACCCAUCACUAUGCAGUGGGUCUGCAUGUCAGGGAGAUGCGCCGCCAACUGACCCCCUCCCAUUCCCCACUGGCAAUCCACCUGCUGGGGCUGCUCAGCUCUGAGGACCCCCGUUGGGAGCUGCCUGCCCUGGAGUUCCUUGUGGAGCUCCUGGACUAUCUGGACGGAAGGAGAUGUCAGAGCAGUGUUGAGCAGAUCCUGUCAAGGCACCUGCAGAGCGAGUGCCCAGAGAGACGUCGCCUGGCUCUCCGAGGCCGCAUGGUGCUCUGGAUGGAUCUGUCAAUGGUGAGAAGGGGACACCCGGCUGAAGCCACACGGGCAACCUGGGGCUGGGGAAGGCAGUCCCUUGGGCCCAAAGCAUCUGUAGCCUGUCUCAACACCUGCUGGAGCUGCUGCCUGAUGCAGACGGAGAUCUGGUCGUGA